AUGCCGCCAUUCUGGACAAUCGGCUGCCUCUACGGCGCCUCCAGCGUCAUGCUCGGCGCCUUUGGCGCCCACGGCCUAAAAAAGCGCAUCGCAGACCCAUCGCGCAUCGCAAACUGGGGCACCGCAGCGCAAUACCAGCUGAUCCACUCGGCGGUGCUGACGUUUGCGUCGGUCGCCGCGCCGCAGAACACGCUGGCCAUGGGCUUGCUGACGGCUGGUAUGACCAUGUUCUCCGGCAGCCUGUAUCUGCUCGUCUUGGAUCCGCAGCGGUUUGGAAAGGUGCUCGGGCCUGUGACGCCGUUGGGCGGUUUGGCGCUGAUUGGAGGGUGGGUUGCGCUGGCUGUUACGAAGCGGCCUGUUGUGCCAAAGUUCAAGUAG